GGUGGAGAUCAUGAAGGGAAAGGGGAUACAAUUUGUUGAUCAUUGGUGGAUAUGGUAUCCCCCAUUCAACGCCACAUUCGUGCGGCAAAAAUGGGCGGAAGGGUAUGAGGUGGAUACGAUGCACACGUUCCACUGGGGGGACGCUGACGAGGACGGGGAGUGGAGAGGUCGACCAGAGCAUAUCUACGACCUCAGAAUGCUGAUGAAGGAAUCAGCACAAAGACAAGGGAUUCCUUGGUUGUAAUGUCCCUUACCUUCUUCUUGGGUAUCUGCAUCUCAUUGCAUACAUAUAUUUAUUUACAUCACACGGAACCUUGCAUUGACCUUGCAUCACACAUUUGUACAUAACGCCACUAUUUUAAUUCGACCCACAUUACGCAGACUUGACUUUACCGGGCCAGAAUGCAGCUUCGCCUUCGCCGUUCUCGUACCAGCCUUUAUCGUGGGCCAGUAAUACCCUCAGCCUCGGAUUUGCUUCCCUCAGCUUCCUCACGUAUGAAAUGUGCUCUUUAGCGAGUGCGGUAUCCCUAUGGGAUCCCUCCGCAAUAUCUGC